AAAUAAGCUAACUUGUAAUACAAAUAUAGUUUUGUUUUUCGUAUUUUCUGAUAGUAAUACUUGUCGAGAUGGAUUGCAGCUGGUCCACCGUGUUGAAUCCUUUAAAUAUGCUGCAUGCUUUUUGGAAUUUAGCAGAGUACUGCUGGAGAAGACUGGAGGUUUGUUGUGCUAGAACAACAAGAUCUGACCACGCUCCUACACAAGAAGCGAUUAUAGCUUUCGAACGACAAUCAAUGGCAAGUAUAACGCCCAUACAAAGAACACUAUCUCUCAGAGCACACCAAGGGUCUUUAUCUUCCGCGCAGGAUUCCGACUACAGUCAGCAAAGCGACACACGAAGUAUUCCAGAAACUGCCUCCCAAAGUUCAUGCAAUUUAAGUCCUUUAUCUGAAGAACAUAAUGAAAUGGGUUCUGACUCAAUGUCAAAUAAAGAACAAAGUGGCCAGGUGCAGCAAGGCACUCCACUGCUUUAUCGUGGAGAGAGUCAAAGAUCUCAUGAGAGGCCUUCUAAUUUGAUGGUUGGCGCUACAAAUCAAGUAUCUGAAUCAUCAGAAAAGUCUUACAGAACUUUUUAAGUCAAUGACUUGAAACUAAAGUGCAUGGUUUCUUUUUAUAUUGAUGAUGCAUGUAUUUAUCUGUUUAUACGCAUGCAGAAAUCCCCUAUAUUUUGUAAUUUUAGAUACAAAAUUAAGUCGAGGCAAGACAGCUUCCUAAAAUUUUAUGAAAAAAAAAAUUAUAAAAAAGAUUAAAUUCGUUUGUGUUUUUAAAAUUUUAUGACUAUUUUAGAAUUGCGCUUUUAGAAUUAAAAAUGACCACUUCCGAGUCUGAAAGUGUGGCAUUUUUUUUUAUAUUGUGUUUUUUUAAAUUUUUACUGGUAACCUCAUUUUGUGUUAAAUAACUGCAUAAAUCCAUUUGUGCUCAAAAAAUUAUUUUUGAACCUUCAUUAGUGUGUAGUACUAGAAGUAUCAAGAAUAUAAAACGGUAUUGAAGGACACAUAAAAUUUGUAUGAAAGUAUUUCUAAGCUUAGAUGAAAUGUUUAAAAUAAAGGUGAAUUUCUCAAUUGCAUUUGAUUAUGAUGAAUCAGAUUGCAGCACUAGUUGGCAAUGUUUUUUAUAUCCUUAAUUCUGUAAAGGUGAACUCGAAAUUGAUUAUGUACCUACAGAUAAGCAGAUUCUAUUAACUUUUUUACUUCGCAUGACAUAAAAUAUUAUAUAAAUCUUUAAAUGCCGGCGUCUUGGCAUAGGGGUAGCGCGUCUUCCCCGUUACCUGGGCGUCCUGGGUUCGAGUCCCGGUUUGGGCAUGAUUGUUCAUUUGUUCUAUCUGUGAAAUGUGUGAAUGUGCCCCCCCCCCCUGUAAAAAGGGUUGUGCAAGCGAAUGUGAUACGUGAGUAGCUAAGACAUACUCUUGGUCCUAGUUGGAGCUUCUAAAAACAAGAGACGCUCCCUUGGCAUAAAAUCGCUGUCUUAGUCAGCGAGCUUGUCCAGGGCAAAUGCCAUUAUAAAUAACAACAAAUUAAAUACUUAAUAAUAUUAACUUUAGUUACAGAAGUUUUAAUGAUAUUUCAAAAAAAAAAGACUGGAAUAAAUAG